UCAAAAAUCACAUUUAUCUCAUUUCCUACAUCACAAACGAUGCCGCUUGCUAAAGAUUUAUUAAAUCCUUCUCCUGAAGAUGAAAGAAGAAAAUGUAAAUUAAAGCGAUUAGUUCAGCAUCCUAAUUCAUAUUUUAUGGAUGUUAAAUGUCCAGGAUGUUACAAGAUAACGACAGUAUUUAGCCAUGCACAGUCUGUUGUUGAAUGUCAUGGAUGUUCCUAUAUGCUAUGUCAUCCAACAGGUGGAAAAGCACAUCUAACAGAAGGUUGUUCAUUUAGAAAAAAACAAUCAUAAGAUCAAGUCCAAUACUAGAUGUUUGUCAUGCUGAAAUAUUAUAUUUAUUUAAGAUUAUAUACAUGUUUGGUAUAACUUAUGAAUGAAGAUUAAAAUAAAAAAACUUG